AUGAUAACUUGUUACAAUAUUUCUGCGGUGAUGAUUCUCAUCAUCGUGGUUUGCAACACAGUGAUUUGGGGAGUUAAUGGUUGUAUUGGGAGGGAUUUGAGGUGCGGACGUCACGGCCCGCCAAUUCGAUUUCCCUUCAGACUUAAAGACACAGAAUAUGGAUGUGGUUAUCCUGGCUUUGAUCUUACUUGUUCACACACAAACAAAACUCUACUUAAGAUUCCUACACAUCCUCAUCCAGUAAUACUUCAAGUCACAAGCAUAGAUUAUAAAUUACAACUUUUACACGUAUCUGACCCUGAAAAUUGCCUUUCAAAACAGUUUUUAAAGCUCCUUCAAUCACCUAUUAGUAUUACUCCUUUUCAAUUUGAGUCAUCCGACCAUAAUGAUAGCUUCACUUUCCUCCACUGUAGUUCACUUUUCUGCCCGGUUUAUAUUGAAUAUUCUGACAACAGACUCCUUGAUCAGAGUUUUGACCUAAUACACUGCACCAAGAUUUUAGAUAUUUCUUCGUCAGUGUUCUUGCGGGAAGGUGAGAAUGAUUUGGUUUUGAAAUGGUCGAAACCCAAUUGUAGAAAGUGCGAAAUAAAAGGAAAGAUGUGUAAACUGAACAAUAACGGAACUGAAGAUGAAAUAGAAUGUUUUGACCGUCAUCACAAAUCAACAAAGAAGAUACUUUUACUUGCCGCAGAUUAA